AUGGACAGUGGUGAGCAGCGUGGAAAUUUAAACCAGCUGUGGGUCGGUGGAGUCUUGGCGGCGUGUGCUGGCAGAACUACACCACCAAGAAUGGGAGCUUUCAAUGCGGCUAGUGAUGGUCAUCAUCUGAUCGGCGAGCUCAACACCAGCUCCUUUGCUGCGCUUGCACCACUGCUUCAAUUCUCGAUAAUCAUGGCCCAGCUGGGUCGCUGGGGGGCCACAUUGCGUCGCGGUGCUUGUACUCGUUCAAGGCUAACAAUAGGCACCCGCAUCGGCGCAUUCCGGCUCUAUGCGAAUCAGUCUGCCAAAGCAGGUGUUGAACCAAGUGAUUCGAGACAGGCGGAAAUUCUAAAGGCGUGGAAUCAAUUUAGAGGAUCCAAUUCUUUGACACAACCCGAUCCCAACGCCUUAACAGGCUUCCUCGGAAAGCGACGCAAUGUUGGAAAGCACCUGUCGUUUGCCGACCUCACAACGACAUCAGGCGAAGUGGUCCAAAUAUGCUCCCAUGCAGACAGCGGAUUAGAAUCCCACGAGAACUUUCGGCAAAUUCCUGCAUUUGCGCCCGUCAUCCUUCAUGCACGUCCAGGUCCCCCGAAGGAGUCAGCUGGAGAGUCUCAAAAUGGCGAAUCGUCUAAAAGAACCCUCUAUCUCCAAGACAUCCGAUCGUUAAACAGCGUACCCAAGGAUCUUAUUGUCACGUCAGAUGUACAGUUUCCCCAAACAAAACGGCACUUGCAAAUUCGAUUCCACCCCGAGCUGCAGGCUAGACUGAAGUUCAGAUCCUGGUUAAAAGGACAGCUGAACCAAAGCCUGUUGGAAAUGGGAUUCACAGACAUUGAGACGCCUACCCUUUUUAAAUCUACGUCUGAAGGUGCCCGUGAAUUUUUGGUUCCAGCCAGACAGCGAGGGACGGCGUAUGCGCUCAGCCAGAGCCCCCAGCAAUACAAGCAAGUUCUUAUGGCGAGUGGUAUUACUCGCUACAUGCAAUGGGCCAAGUGCUAUCGAGAUGAGGAUUUGCGAGCAGAUAGGCAGCCUGAGUUUUCCCAACUCGAUAUGGAAUGGGCUUUUGCCGGUGCUUCCAAAGUCCAGCAGGAUGUAACCGAUAUCAUCUUGGCAGCACUAUCUCGGCUGCGACCAACUCACAGUUAUAAGGACGUCCGUGGAGAGAGAAUACCAAUUCUAUCAGAUAUUCCCAACGACCUUGCCCCAGCCAAUGAACCAACUACUCACAAGUUCACAAGUCUCACUUUCGCUGAUAGCAUCGCUGCAUACGGAUCCGAUAAGCCGGACUUGCGGAUUCCCAAUAGAAUACAUGCCUUAGAAGACAUUGAGCCUUAUCGUAAUUUCGUUGGCAUGAUUACACAUCUAUCCGAUCCACUCAUCGAAGCCUUCACUUUCCCGUUGAAGGACUGCUCACCAUCGGAGGCUCGAAAAUUCGUCAUAAACUUUAUGGACAACUUACCUCCCGCAUUGGCCAAUAACCCCGACGGGAAGCCACAAAUUCUUAUCCACGACACCCGGCAGCCACUGGCUGGCUUCUCUUCGCUGGGGUUUGAAUACGAAGCGGUCCUCAAUAAACUAUCCGACGGUCAAGAAAUCAACGACGGCGAUCUGGUGAUAUUCCAAGCCCGCGAGAGACCACAAGGUCAAUAUUGCCUCGGGUCGACCAAAAUUGGCGACGUACGAAAUGCUCUCUGGAAGGCGCUGGUAGAGGAGGGCUACAUGGAAAAGCCCAGGCUGGGAGACCCCAACUCAUUACAAUUUGUAUGGGUCACAGAGUUUCCCAUGUUCAAGCCCGUUGAAGAAGGGGAGCCCGGCCAAGGCGGCGCGGCAGGAAUCUCCGCAGCCCAUCACCCCUUUACCGCGCCGCUGUCAAAGAACGAUCUCGAGGCGCUCUUUACAAAUCCAUUGCAGGCUCGAAGCGCUGCCUAUGACCUCGUCCUCAAUGGCAUCGAGAUUGGUGGUGGAAGUGAGCGUAUCCACGUGGCAGACAUCCAAGAAUUCAUCAUGCGCGAUGUCCUGAAAAUGACUGAUGAACGAAUCAAGGACUUUUCUCAUCUGUUUGAUGCCCUUCGAGCUGGAUGUCCGCCGCAUGCUGGUUUCGCACUCGGUUUCGACCGACUUGUUGCGCUGCUUACGGAUACAUCUACUGUCCGGGAUGUAAUUGCUUUUCCUAAAACGAUGAAGGGCGAGGAUCCGUUUGUGCGGUCGCCUAGCAAGCUAAGCAAUGAACAGCUUGCCCCGUAUGGACUGCAACUGAUGUCAAAAUCGAAGUAA